GGAGCUCCGAACUUUUGUAUGUAUUGUAUAACCCACGCGUCAGUCAUCUAUAGGAAAACGGCUCAAAAUCCCAAAACAAAUCAAAAAGAAACGACAAAGGCGUCCUCUCAUUGGUCACUCACUACCAACACCAACCACAACCAGCUCCUUUUCACGCCGGAAACUCACCGAUCCAUCUAACCCUCCCGCCCUCUCUCUUUACGCCUUUCCUCACAUCUUCCCUUUCUUCUCCUUCCUCCUCCAUUGAUUUCUCCUCCGAUUCCAACAAUCUCGCCUCCGCCUCUCUCCGCCGCUUGCGGUCAAAGUAAAACUUCCUGCAUCCUUUGGCUCUUCUCUCUCUCUCUCUCUCUCUCGCUUUACUAAUUGUUCCCUCCUUAUCUGAUGUUGGAGUUCCUUCACUCCUUCCCUCUUUAAUUUCCAGCAGCCGGUUUGUUGCUUUUGUUUGGUUGCCGAGAUCGAGGGAGAAAGAGCAAAUGGGGAGAGGGAAAAUAGAGAUAAGGAGGAUAGACAAUUCGACGAGCAGGCAAGUGACGUUCUCAAAGCGGAGGAAUGGACUCCUGAAGAAAGCGAAAGAGUUGGCAAUCCUAUGCGACGCCGAAGUUGGAGUCAUCGUCUUCUCCAGCACCGGAAAGCUCUACGAUCUCGCAAGCUCCAGCAUGAAAUCCGUAAUCGAAAGAUACCACAAGACUAAAGAGGAGCACAACCAUGUACUGGGGAAUCCCACUUCUGAAGUCAAGUUCUGGCAAAGAGAGGCAGCAAUGUUGAAGCAACAGCUACAGAGCUUGCAAGAAAACCAUAGGCAAAUGAUGGGUGAAGAGCUUUCAGGCUUGGGUAUAAAGGAUUUACAGAAUUUAGAAACCCAAUUGGAGAUGAGCCUUAGAGGUGUUCGGAUGAAAAAGGACCAAGUCCUAGUGGACCAAGUGCAAGAAUUAAACAGAAAGGGUAACCUCAUCCACCAAGAAAAUGUGGAGCUCUAUAAGAAGGUAACCCUACUACGAAAGGAAAACGUGGAAUUACACAAAAAGGUUUACGGGGCGAGAGAAGCGAACAGAAACUCCCUUCUCAUCAAUGGUCUGACCAUCCAGGAGGAUUCAGAUGUGCCUGUACGUCUCCAGCUCAGCCAGCCACAAGACGAAGAUCAUCGUGAUCUUACACCACCAAGAACCACAAAACUAGGGCUACAACUGCAUUAGCAAAAGAGGAUGCAGCUAAUGGGAGUGAAUGCGCUAAGUUGUACGUACAGUGGCUCAUGUACUGCAAACUGAAGUCACUAGUGCCUGAGCAGCUGCUGGCCAAAGGAAAAGCCAGGAUUUUAUUUCCUAGGACAAAUGGAAAAAGAACAAUACUUUCUUCUUCAAGCUGUAAUAAAGAGGAAUUGGCUUAUUGCGCUGCGUAUAUAGUGCUUCUUGUCCAGUCUUUUGAAGCUGAUCAAAAGAAGCACUACUCUUGUUUGUUUUAGGAUUAACAAAUUGGUGAACAAUGAACAAGCAUAACAUGUCCAAGCGGAUGGUUCAAGAAGCAAAGCUAUCCACCGCAAGAGAAGCAGCAACUAUGUCUUGACAUUUUUGUCAACACCAAUAUGAACAACUGAUUCCACCGCAAUCCAAUGCAGAACAAAAUCUCCUAUCACCGCAAAAAUUAAAACUAAAAAGGGUAAAAAAGACAAUGUGAGAAU